GGAUCAAUCUCCUGGCUCGGCCCUCCCUUGCCUCAGUUUCCCCUUGGGGACCAUGGCCGGGCGAGGCUCCGUGGUUUCCUUGCUGGCACUCCCUGGCCAUGACUCUGCUAAGGAGCCCCCCCAGGUGAGUUCCCGCUUCCUCCGUGCCUGGCACCCCCUGCCCAUCUCAGCCAGGAUGCCCGCGAGGCGCUGGGCCCCAGGGACCCAAUGCAUCACCAAGUGUGAACACACGCGCCCCAAGCCCGGGGAGCUGGCCUUCCGCAAAGGCGACGUGGUCACCAUCCUGGAGGCCUGCGAGAGCAAGAGCUGGUACCGUGCCAAGCACCACGCCAGCGGGCAGGAGGGGCUGCUGGCUGCUGGCGCCCUGCGGGAGCGAGAGGCCCUCUCAGCUGACCCCAAGCUCAGCCUCAUGCCGUGGUUCCACGGGAAGAUCUCAGGCCAGGAGGCUGUGCAGCAGCUGCAGCCACCCGAGGACGGGCUGUUCCUCGUACGAGAGUCGGUGCGUCACCCUGGCGACUAUGUGCUGUGUGUGAGCUUUGGCCGUGAAGUCAUCCACUACCGCGUGCUGCAUCGCGACGGCCACCUCACCAUCGACGAGGUGGUCUGCUUCUGCAACCUCAUGGACAUGGUCGAGCAUUACAGCAAGGAGAAGGGGGCCAUUUGCACAAAGCUCGUCACCCCAAAGCGGAAGCAGGGCACCAAGUCGGCGGAGGAGGAGCUGGCCAAGGCUGGGUGGUUAUUGAACCUGCAGCACUUGACCUUGGGAGCCCAGAUCGGAGAGGGGGAGUUUGGAGGGGGGAAGAUGCAGCACAAGAACCUGGUGCGGCUCCUGGGCGUGAUUCUGCACCAGGGGCUUUACAUCGUCAUGGAGCACGUGAGCAAGGGCAACCUGGUAAAUUUCCUGCGGACGCGGGGCCGGGCCCUUGUGAACACUGCCCAGCUCCUGCAGUUUUCGCUACACGUGGCCGAGGGCAUGGAGUACUUGGAGAGCAAGAAGCUGGUGCACCGCGACCUCGCUGCGCGCAACAUUCUGGUGUCUGAGGACCUGGUGGCCAAGGUCAGCGACUUCGGCCUGGCUAAGGCCGAGCGGAAAGGGCUGGACUCAAGCCGGCUGCCCGUCAAGUGGACCGCGCCCGAGGCUCUGAAGCACGGGAAGUUCUCCAGCAAGUCAGAUGUCUGGAGUUUUGGGGUUCUGCUGUGGGAGGUCUUCUCAUACGGCCGGGCUCCAUACCCCAAAAUGUCACUGAAGGCGGUGUCAGAGGCUGUGGAGAAAGGCUACCGCAUGGAGGCCCCUGAGGGCUGCCCGGGCCCCAUCCACACCCUCAUGGGCAGCUGCUGGGAGGCUGAGCCCUCCCGCCGGCCGCCCUUCCGCAAGCUGGCCGAGAAGCUGGCCCGGGAGCUGCGCAGCGCUGGCACCCCGGCCUCCACUGGGGGUCAAGAGGCCGAUGGCUCCACGUCGCCCUGCACCCAGGAGCCCUGACCCCACCGGUGGGGCCAUGGGCCCCAGAGGACCAAGAGAGUUGGGGACACAGGAGGGCGCAGGCCAGGCCUGAGGAGGGUUGGCCCACCCGGCUGCCCUCCUGGCUCAAAGGGCAGGGCAGGCCUGCAGGGGCUCCAGCA